GUCCCGAAGAUGCUGUCUGAGAGAGGUGUCUCCACAAUAUGCUCGAAUAGAAAAAGGAAAUUUCGCACAAUAAAUGGAGUGCUAGGAGAUCUGCAACCUGCAAACCCUUGUGAACAAGAGGAAUUUGGCAGCUCAAGUGAUUCUGGUCAAUUAGUCUGGAGCAUACUCAGUAACCAUGCGGCCUCUAACUGGGCCGAAAGUAUUGUAUCCCUUGCUUCAUUUGAUGAAGGGGGUUCCAUACAUCCUGCAUGCACAGGCAUAGUUGUUGAUCACACUAAAUCUAGGGCAUAUCUUCUGGCUUCAUUAAGCUUGUUUAGAUCUAGACAUGAUGAUAGAAGGAUCAAUUACGACAUAACGCCUAAAGUGCGCCUUCCGAACAAUCAGGUUGUCAAUGGAAUUUUGUUAUCCCACAACUCAACGCUUAAUCUUGCUCUUGUCCGUGUCUUGCCAGAAGGUGCUUGUGUUCGUGCAGCAUGUCUAGAUUAUCAGCAGCAGCAGCUUGAGUCUCAGAGUCAAGUGGCUGUUGUUCAGCGCUGCUUCAGCUCAGGAAACCUAAUGGCCACCACUGGGAUGUUGGAUGGCUAUCCAAUGGGUGCUCAUUGCGAAAAGGCUGCAGCUGGAGGAGUCCUCCUUGAUUUUCUUGGGAACGUUGUUGGGUUGAACUGUUAUGGUAAAGAAGGGACUACUUUCGUACCAAGCAGCACAAUGCUUGAAUUUCUGGCUGGGUUUCAGAAAGCAUGCGACGAGAAGAGGGCUAGAUCAGCUGAUAAUAGGCGUAGACUUGUCUCGUGGUGGGAGCUCCCCAUGAAAAAACAUGUACUGAAAGGAAAAGCAUUCAAGUUGAAAAAAAGGUCCCCGUCUGAUAUGUCCUGUUUAGAAGGCAGCUCAAGGAUGGAGAAGAAGCAGUUCGUAUGUCAUUACUGUGAUCCAGAAGGCCUAUCAGCACCUGGAGACCGUUUCAGACGUUUAUUCCCUGGUCCUAGUUGGCCAGCUGGUGAUGACAUAUCUAAGGAGGCUGCUAGGAAUAUGAUAAGGUCCAGAGGUUAUCCCUUCCCAGUUCUCAACGAUUGUGGCAUGCGCCUGCUUUGUAAUUUUGAAGAAGAAUUUGGUGAAGAUGUCUGGAGUAAACUCACAGAAGAAGUUGCUUCGGGCAUGUCUCAGUGUGUUGUUGCUCUUGCUUCAUUCUGUGGAGAUAAAAGGGUUUUUGCUUGUACAGGCAUAAUUAUUGGCUGCAGUGAGUUCACCACAAGAGUUCUUACUUCAGCGAGUUUGGUUAGAAAUUCUGACGAUGAAGCUAAGGUUGAAGACAACUUGAAGAUUGAAGUGUGCCUUCCAGAUAAUGAACAUGCCACGGGCACAUUGGAACAUAAGAAUUUAUGUUACAACAUUGCGGUCAUUACCAUCGUGGGUUCUCGCUGUACUCAGACAGCGAAAAUAUAUGAUCAGUUGCAAAUUGAACCUCAUGCGAAAGUAGCAGCUGUUGGUCGUGUCUACGAAUCAGGCAAAUUAAUAGCCACAGGUGGGACUUUGAUUGACAAGCCAAGUGAACUCGAUUGCAAAGAGCUUAAGUUGUCCACUUGUAAAAUCACAAAGGCUGGGAUUGGAGGGCCUCUUAUUGAUGGUGAUGGGAAUUUUAUCGGCAUGGACUUCUACGGCUUGGAAGAAACUCCGUACCUUCCCAGGGAUAAAGUGCUUGAAGUCUUGCGUAGUUUUGGUGCAAAGCCUGAUACUGCUGAUUUGACCAACGAUCAUAACCCAAACAGAUGGCCUGUGCCUAAGCCUAUUUGGUGCUAUCCGACAUGGCACCAGUAUAUGGGCGAAGGUGUAAAGGUGGAUCAUCGACCCCAGCCUAUGUAACGUAGCAACAUAAGCGCGUGCUUACAAAAACCAUGUGUACUCCUUUAGGGGUGGAAGAUAGACACUAUGAUUAUAUUCCAUAUUUAAGUUCCAUAUAUAGAAGUUGGUUUGUCACUCCAGGCAUUAAUAGUAGUGCAAUACUUUCUCCGAUCCGUAUUACUUGUUGCUGAUUGACAUGUAUCUAGAACAAUGUUUAAGAAAUCGUUAAACUUAA